AUGCGCAACCUGGCCAAGAAGGACGAACUGCAGAAGGCCGCCGCUGAAGCUGGUGCCCUCCCCGAGAACCUUCACUUCACUCAGCUGGACGUGACCAAGGACGAGUCCGUCGCCUCAGCAGUCGCCAAGGUGGUCGAGGAGCAGGGCAAGUUGGACGUGCUCAUCAACAACGCCGGCUUCUCCAGCAUGUUCGACACCAACCUGUGGGGCAUCGCGCGCACCGUCAAGGCCGCGCUGCCCCACUUCCGGCGCCAGGCCGGCGGUCAGAUCAUCAACGAGUACUACUGCGCGUCCAAGUGGGCCGUCGAGGGCUACACCGAGUCGCUCGCCAUCUCCAACGCGCACCUCAACGUCAAGGUGUCGCUGGUGGAGCCGGGCGCGAUCCGUACGCCGUUCUUCGCCAACGCGCAGAGCCACGUCGACUUCGCCGAUCCGGGGGUGAAGGCCCUGUGGGACCGGUUCGUGGCGGGCAUGGCGACGGCCAGCACCAACACGCAGCUCGCGCAGACGGCCGAGGAGGUGGCGGAGGUGAUCAAGACCGUGGUCGACGCCGAGAAGCCGCACCUGCGCUACCAGUCCGGCGUCGCGUCGAAGGCCGUCGCCGCCGGCGUGCGGGUCGACCCGACGGGCGACGCCUCGGUGCAGGCCCAGGUGGCCCGCUUCUUUAAGAAUUGA